AUUAUUCGGAGAGACUACAAAUACCUUUCAAUAUACGAAAACCCGAGUUUCGCAAGAGAAAACAUCUGCUCAGCAAACCCUAUGCCUGUCUCUGGUACAGAGGGUUGCUUACUCGCAAAUCUUCAUCCGAUUCAACUAAUUUGGGUUUCCAUUAUUGGACUGUGAAGAAGAAGAAGAAGAAGAAGAAGAAGCAGAAGCAGAAGCCAUGGGAGAAAGGAAGGUUUUAAACAAGUACUAUCCGCCGGAUUUCGAUCCGGCAAAGAUUCCUAGGCGAAGACAGCCAAAGAAUCAGCAGAUGAAAGUGCGUAUGAUGCUUCCAAUGAGUAUUCGUUGUGCUACUUGCGGUAAUUACAUCUAUAAGGGUACCAAAUUCAAUUCCCGCAAAGAAGACGUCGUUGACGAGACCUACUUGGGAAUACAAAUUUUCAGAUUCUACUUCAAGUGCACAAAGUGCUCCGCAGAGAUUACUUACAAGACAGAUCCCAAGAAUUCCGAUUAUACUGUUGAAUCAGGUGCAACUAGGAAUUUUGAGCCUUGGCGUGGCAAAGAUGAGGAAAUUGAGAAGGAGAAACAAAAAAGAGAUGAUGAAGAAAUGGGCGAUGCAAUGAAGUCAUUAGAAAAUAGAACAUUGGAUUCAAAGAGAGAAAUGGAUAUUCUUGCUGGUUUAGAUGAAAUGAAAUCUCUGAAGUCAAGGCACGCAACUGUGAGUGUAGAUGCAAUGCUUGAAGCUUUGCAGCGGUCACAUGAGUCAAAGGAAAAAAAGAUGGAGGAACAAGAUGAAGCUCUCAUAAGAUCAAUUUUCCAGGGAUCAAGAGAGACUGUCAAAAGAAUCAAUGAUGAAGAACUUGAGGAUGAUGACGACGACAACUUGGCUUUCUUUACCCCUGAAAGUGCAGGGUCAGAAAACAACUCUCUAAAGAAGAGAAAGGUUUCCGAGGAACCUGAUGAAAAGCCCACGAACUUUUUGACGAAAGCCAGCAUUAAUGACAGCUCUAAAAACAAAGAUAAAGCAUCAGCAGGUGAGAGUAAAAUCAUUUUGAAGUCCUCAUCAGUCAAAAUAUCCAUAGUCAAGAAGCCAGUCUCGAACUCCAACAGCAAGCAGACAGUAGAAUUUAACAAGCAAGACGCGCAGAGCACUGGUGCUGCGACAAGCAGUGGUCUACUCUCGUUAAGUCAACAAUAUGAUAGUGAUGACGAUGAUUGAUUUAGUGAUCCCUUCAACCUCUAUUUGUCCAGAUAUAUCCGCCAAAACUAUUAACCGCGGGUGUGAUUUUCAUCGGGUAUGCUCUUCCUAUGGACACUUGAAAUGUAUGCAAGCUCAAGCUUUGGCUCUCUGCGAACCACCCCGUCUGUCAGUAUCAAUUGGGAUGUAUACGUUGCAUUUUUACAUAUUUUAUAACUAUCUCAAUGGUUCAAGAAAACAGUUCCUCCAUUGUUAAUGCAAAACAUCUCUCAUUAUAC